CUUCGACAUUCAUUUCCGUAAACAAUUUGAAAGUAGCUAGUUCUUUGAAUACACCCAUGAGCUAAACCUGAGCUAAACAGGCUCUUUAAAGCUCCUUAUAGUUACUAUUUUAUUACUAUUUUGAUGUAUUUUGUACUUUUUUCUGCGUUGGCUUGUUUAUCGACAUGUCAUUGUUGGAUCGAAGAAGAUGAGAAGAAGAAUGAGAACCACUGUGGUCUUCUGAAGCAGGGGCUUGAAUCCUCGCUGGUUUCAGUGGAGAUCACCAAGAAGGGUUUCCACAGGGAGGUGGUAACCACCGUGGAGCUCAGCCCUGAUGUUCUCAGUGGGGUCCGAGUUCUGCUGGUUCACAGAUGGCCCAGAGGCAUCUAUGUUGAUCUGUACCAGCUUGCAUCCUUGAGUGAUCACAUUGAUUGGCAGAUAUUACUAGAUUCAGCCAUUGACCUGGAGGUGCCUGCUCACAAGACUGCGGGAUUUGUCAGCUAUGUGUAUCUUACCCCUGAUGGACCAACUCCCAGACUGCUAAAAGUAACACUUCCCAUACACGGACGCUACCACGAACCUUCUUUUGAUGGCAAAAUGUUUACAUCUGUCGACAUAGAAGCUCCAGAGUUGCUGCUGCGGGCUGAAAAAUGUAUGCAGCUUAACAACGUAGAGCCUCAUACUAUCGUGGACGCCCCGUGUACUCACGACAAUUCGAGCACAUGUCCGUGGGUUAAACUCCAGCUUCAGCAGGAUCGAGGCCCCGUGGGCGUCCAGUUUCCAGUUGGUGACGGGUCUUUGGUGGCACCUGUGUGCGGUGGAACCCUUCUAGUCACAAUGCUCUGCUGUGUGGCGUUGUCCAAACACAUGUGGAAACAUCGGAUCAGUUAAACAGUGACAACAUAGCUUGUAUUAAACAGCUAGCAUUACUAUGGCAUUACUAUGAUCAAAGUCAGGAUGGGUCACCUUAUUUUCUAAGGUGACACAAACAGAGAAGGUCUAUUUUAUUUUAUCAGUCCAGGUUUAAAAGUUGAGGAGGUUCCAGGUUUUACUGGAGUAAUCCAGAUAAUUCAGUUAAUAAAAAGUUUCUUGUAAAAGACCCCAGUUACUGUAAGUAAACAUCUGUAUGUUGGUUUGUCCUCUACUUGUUGUGCAAGAUUUCCUCCUCUUAUGAUCUUGGCACAGAAGUAGGAUCAUAGCCCAGAUCAUACCGGAAGAUGACACUUCUAUAUUUAAAUUAAGACACAACCUGCUCAACUCACGAUUAGACCUUGAAUUCUGGGUGCUUUAUCCUUAAUGUGGAGAUGAUAAAAAAGGAAAGACUAGGACAGCACUCCAACAUAACUUUUUAAUUUGCCACACGGACGUUUUGUGUAUAUUCUGGCAAUUUCUACUUCGUUAUUUAUUCAAACACCUUUAUCCCAACUGCAAACAAUAAUUUAAACUCUGAAUAAUAAAAAGCAAAGACUUGUUGAGCAUUGGAAAUUGUGUAGAUUGAGCACAAUAUGUAUACUGAGAUGAUUGGUGUAGAUGUAGAUGAUUGGUGUAAAAAAGAUGUAUAGAAGUAACAAACUUUCUUUCUUUCUUUGUGGAUGUGUCAGAGGUCAUGGUCAUAAACAUCACAGUAAUUAGACUACCGUCUUUAAUCUUUUCAGUCUGUCAGUAAAAACGUAUGUUGUGCAGCCACUCGUUGUUCAAGCACAUAUAACUUUACAUUAAAUUCUUGUGGAUUCUCGUUCCCAAAGAUA